CUUCCACUGCUCACUGUAAGGUGCACCUAGAUAAAGAUAGCCCUUGCCCAGUUUCAGCUUCACAUGAAGCACAUUGCAAACAGCUGAACACAAAGAUAUUAGGUACUGUGGACCAGAACAUUUCCUACCAUUACUGGUGACACUAAACAAGACUAAUUCCAUUCAAGGCACAAGCAAUUACAGGCAAAACAACUAAAGUAACAAUGGCCAGAAAACACUCUGUGAGAUAAUGUCACAGAUAUACAGAUAGUCUCCUCCAAAUAUGUGAAAUUACAAUUGCAGUGGAGGGAGAGAAGCCUCGGUCUUGUUCCCAGCAGCUGCCCUGUCCCUAAGGAAGUACAAAGAAUGGCUUUCGCAAUUCUCCAGUCAGGAACUUCUCAACUCCAUGGGAUUUCUAAGUAAUUUCUUAGAAACCAGUAAUUCCACUUUUAUUUUCUUCUUCCCAGUAUGAUCUACAGUAAUAGUAAUUCCACUUUACUUGUUGAUGGGGACAACAAGGAGCAACAGGAGCAACAAGGAGCAUCCGGGUCCUGCCCAGGCCAGCCAGCAGCAGCCACCAACGCCAAGGUCAGAAGAUGACAGGCAGGAGGAGCUGGGACAGCCCGAUGAGCUGGAGGAGGAAGAUGCCCCCCGCCUUCAGGAAAGGAAGAGCAGACAGGUGCGUGGAGUCGCAGGCGCCAAUACGCUCCGGAAGCCCAACUUCCAGUUUUUGGAACCAAAAUAUGGCUAUUUUCACUGUAAAGAUUGUAAGACCAGGUGGGAGAGUGCUUAUGUGUGGUGCAUUUCUGGAACUAAUAAGGUUUAUUUCAAACAACUCUGUUGCAAAUGCCAAAAGAGUUUUAACCCUUAUCGAGUAGAAGCAAUCCAAUGUCAGACCUGUUCAAAGUCUCGUUGCUCCUGUCCUCAAAAGAAAAGACACAUUGAUCUAAGGAGGCCUCAUCGACAAGAACUGUGUGGUCGCUGCAAAGACAAGAGAUUCUCCUGUGGGCACAUUCACAGCCUUAAAUACAUCGGGUGAUAAGACCAUAUAUAUGAACCAAUCAAAACAGCAGUAAUUGCUUACCUAAUUGACUUUGGAAAAUACUGAAAAGGCUUAUAUAACAGGUUUUUCAAGUAUUUCACAAUCUGAAAAUAUCCUCCAGAAAUACAUUUUAGGAUUUCCAUCUUCCCCUUACCUUAAAGUGUGAAGGAAGAAGAAAUCAACUAACACCUGACUUUCUUUCCCUUCCCCCUUUUUUAUUUUAAUAGAUUUUGGAAAUACAAGCUGAAUUCCAUUACAUGUAUAUACUGUAUAGUGGUAAAGUCUGGGGUUAGCUAAAAACAAACUUUCUGAUUUGCUUGUAAGUUAUCUCACAACACAAAUAAAGACACAUUUUGCCUUCACACUCCCAGGAGUCCCUGGAACAUAUUACGGUACCUAGAAAACUCAGAAGAGGCAAGUGUUUCAGAAUGGCUUGGAUAUAAAACAAAGACAGGAUAGUACUGCUAAAAUGGAAAUAUUUAUGCAGUAAGGAUUCUGACAUGUUCCCAAAUAUUUCUGCUCUCCUGGCUGCCUAGUUUUAUUUAAUUUUUGGCAAGGGGCUUUGAUGCUUAUUUCUUUCUUACUACUUUUCUUCUUUGUAUAAACAAACAAGCAUUUAUUUGAUUUCCAAUCUGUCUAGCUAAGUCCUGGUAGAAAAAAAGGAGAAAAAAUUCUUGCCAAAGGGAGCAUAACACUAUGGGGAUUGCAAGUAGGUGGUAAAAACUGGGACAAGAAGCAUGGGACUAAUAGAAGAGAUUAAAUACACUUUCUAAAACAGCUUCUCUAAAUGUCUUUGGGCUCGCAACAUUGCUCUGACUAGUCAUAUAGAUAUUUUUCUACAUGUAAGAAUGGCAUGGGAACUCUAUCUCAGAGUUCUUUAUUUUGCAUAAAUAACAAUUUAUGCUAAGUAAGUUAAAGAGUCAAGAUUUCACCUAUUUUAUUCCCUGUGAUUACUGAGAAAAAUGUAUAGGCUGAGGAACUCCAUUAGUGCACUGCUAUCACUGUUGUGUGCUUGCUUAGAUGAUUUUCAUCUACAACUAGAAAGUAAAUUUGUAAAUAAAUUGUGAAUUAUGGUUUUUUUAAAAAAAUAC